ACAGAGCCAGGAUAUACCAUUGGACGUAUAAACCACUCUUGAUUUUUAAUGCAUGUGCUGACCGCGUGGGAGCCUUUUCAUUAAUUUGUGCCGUUGAUUGUUCAAACCCUUAUCAGGGUUCUUUCAUGUCCAGUGGUUAUAAAAAGCCAGGGAAUUUCAGGUCUUCACUACUAUCUUUAGCUCUGAUCUUUGGCUUCAUGAACUAAAUAGCACUUUUUUCUUCUUCUUUUCUUUUAGCCCUUUAUCCCAUUUUGAUGGCUUUCUUGAUGCAUAUGUCGUUGAGAAAACAAGAUGCUGGCAUUUUUAUUGGCAGUGUCCUCUGGUUGCUGCUUAGUUGUAGUUUCAGCUUUGCUGUUGAAAGUGAUAUCAACUGCUUGAAAAGUAUAAAAGCAUCACUUGAGGACACUUUGGGGUACUUAAACUCUUCAUGGGAUUUCAGCAACAACACUGAAGGCUUCAUCUGCAACUUUCUUGGGGUCGAGUGUUGGAAACCUGACGAGAGCAGGGUUCUGAACAUCAAGCUUUCGGAUUUGGGACUGAAGGGCUUCUUUCCUCAAGGCGUAGCAAAUUGCACAAGCCUAACAGGGUUAGAUCUUUCAAGCAACCAGCUCAAUGGACCUCUUCCUACUAAUAUCGAUCAUAUCAUUACGUUCAUUACGUCCCUUGAUCUCUCAUCUAACAGCUUCACAGGGCCAAUCCCAAUUAAGCUUUCUAAUUGCGGCUAUCUGAAUGUGCUUAAGCUUGACAACAACAAGUUCUCGGGUACCAUUCCUCCAGAACUUGGCCAGCUUGGUAGGAUUAAAACAUUUAGUGUGGCCAACAAUCAGCUGUCUGGCCAAGUCCCAAACUUUAAUUAUGCAUCAAUUACGGCGGACUCUUUGGCAAACAAUCCUGGACUUUGUGGGAAGCCUCUGGAGGUGUGCCGGUCAGCUGCAAAGAAGUCUAGCAUUGUUAAGGUUUUGAACUCAUACAAUGUAGGUAUAGCAGCAGCAGCUGGUUUUGGUUUUGGUUUUCCUUUUUCUUUUUGUUUUUUUCCUUCCAAGAGCUCCUAGUGUCCGUUAUUUGGUGGUGUUCGCACGAAGAUUUAAAAGUUGAACUCAGCCUAGCCAGUAACAGUUGCGCUCUUGUUUUCUGCUUUUCUGAACUCAUUUACCUGUCUUAAAUUAUAUUUAGUCCUUCUUUCAAGUUGACUGAUUCA